UCAGCUACCUUUCAAACUCUUUCUCUCUCUCUCUCUCUCUCUCUAUUACUCUGUCUCUCAAGGUUGUUUCUUGUUUUGAUAGGACAAUGGCAUGGAAGAAAACAGUUGCAAUGGCUUUAGUAGUGAUAGUAGUAGUUGUAUGUUGUUUCAUUGCCAAGACUGAAGCUUUUGCUUCUGUCUCUCCCUCUCCCUCUCCCUCUCCCUCUCAGCGUGACAAAAUUAGUCGUCUUCCUGGUCAACCCGAAGUCGGUUUCCAGCAGUAUUCGGGUUAUGUGACCGUUGAUGACAACAACAAGAGAGCUCUCUUCUACUACUUUGCUGAAGCUGAAAUUGAUCCACAUACCAAGCCUCUUGUGCUCUGGCUCAAUGGAGGGCCUGGCUGUUCUUCUUUGGGAGUUGGUGCAUUUUCUGAAAACGGGCCAUUUAGGCCUAGUGGGGCGGUUUUAGUGAGGAAUGAAUAUAGCUGGAACAGAGAAGCAAACAUGUUAUAUUUGGAGACACCAAUUGGAGUUGGCUUCUCUUAUUCAGCUGAUUCCUCCUCUUAUGAGACUGUAAAUGACAAAAUCACAGCCAAAGACAACCUGGUGUUUUUACACAGAUGGUUACUCAAAUUCCCCGAGUUCGGUAACAGAAGCUUGUAUAUCACUGGAGAAAGCUAUGCAGGUCACUAUGUUCCACAGCUGGCUGAACUCAUGCUCCAAUUCAACAAGAAGAAAAAAAUAUUCAAUUUAAAAGGCAUUGCUCUGGGUAAUCCUGUGUUAGAGUUUGCCACUGAUUUUAACUCAAGGGCCGAGUUCAUAUGGUCUCAUGGACUCAUAUCAGAUUCAACGUACAGAAUGUUCACUUCUUCAUGCAACUACUCACGUUUUGUGAGCGAGUACUACAGAGGCUCAGUUUCACCUAUCUGUUCGAGGGUGAUGAACCAAGUUGGUAAAGAAACAAGUAGAUUUGUUGACAAGUACGAUGUCACUCUUGAUGUUUGCAUAUCAUCUGUCUUUGCACAAUCAAAGGUUAUUAGUCCCCAGCAAGUUGCUGAGACCAUAGACGUGUGUGUUGAAGAUGAAACUGUCAACUAUCUUAACAGGCAAGACGUACGGAACGCUCUUCAUGCACGGCUUGUUGGAGUUCGUCGUUGGGCGGUUUGCAGCAGUGUUUUGGAUUAUGAGCUCUUGGACUUGGAAAUACCAACAAUCACAAUCGUUGGUAAACUCAUCAAGGCAGGAAUUCCAGUCUUGGUAUACAGUGGUGACCAAGAUUCUGUCAUUCCCUUGACUGGAAGUAGAACCUUAGUACAUGGGCUUGCCAAGCAGUUGAGUCUGAAAACCACUGUGCCAUACAGAGUCUGGUUUGAAGGGCAGCAGGUUGGUGGGUGGACUCAAGUUUAUGGUAACGUACUUUCUUUUGCCACCAUUAGAGGAGCAUCACAUGAAGCUCCAUUUUCUCAGCCUGAGAGAUCACUUGUGCUAUUCAAAUCCUUUUUGCAAGGAAGACCUUUACCUGAAGCAUUUUGAUAAUCUUUUUUGAAAUCCCGGGUUUAGUAAUUUGUAAAGUGAAGUUUGAUUUUCAGUGAUUAACUUGAAUUUUUUUUUUUUUUGGUUCUUGCUCUGUUGCACAGAAUCAUUCCACACUCUGGAAUCAUCUGAAUUUGUAAAAAUCUCAAAAGAAGAAGAAGAAACAAGUGUUUUUGUUGUCAUUA